AUGAAGCGUAAACUAUUGAUCUUUUUAAUUGAUGGCAUUGGCGAUGUUGCAGUACCUGAAUUAGACUUCAAAACACCUUUGCAAGUAGCACGUACACCUUGGAUGGAUAAACUGGCUGAAUACGGCUGGAAUGGUUUAUUAGAUCCCGUAGAGCCAGGGUUAGCUUGUGGAUCAGAUGUUGCACACAUGUCAAUCCUAGGUUAUGAUCCAAGAAAAGGAAGAGGGGCCUUUGAGAGUAUGGGUGCUGGUUUAGAAAUGAAACCAGGGGAUAUAGCCUUUAAGUCAAACUUUGCAUAUCUCGAGAAAGAAACAGGCAUUGUAAAGCUAAGAAAAGCAGACCCACAUUUUGGAAAUAUGGGACCUAUAUUUUGUGAAGCUGUGGAUGAUGUCAAACUACCGUCAUUUCCACAUCAUCAAGUCACUGUACAGUAUGCAAUCGAGCAUCGAUGCGGCGUAAGAGUUAGAGGACCAGGACUGACAGAUACAAUCACUGGAACUGAUCCGUUAAAGGACAAUAAACUGUUAAUCCACUGUGAACCAACUGCAGAUAAUGAGGAGUCCAAAACGACAAGCAAGCUUGUAAAUGAAUUAUCUGAUGCAUUUAUAAACAUCCUGUCUGAACAUCCUAUAAACAAAGAGCGUAUAAAACAAGGAAAAAACCCAGCAAAUUGUAUACUCUUGCGUGGAUGUUCAAGUUGUAUAGAAGUUCCAAGUAUAGAAGCGAUUCAUGGGCUAAAGAGCUUUUUGAUAGCACCUACAUGCAUUAUAGCAGGUAUUGGUAUGACCCUAGGCAUGGAUUUGAUAAAGGUACCUGGUGCAACGGGUGACUACUCUACGGAUUUUAAUGCAAAGGGACAAGCAUGUAUACAGCACAUUACAUCGGGCAAGUACGAUUUUGGAUUUUGCCACUUAAAGGCAGUAGAUGACGCAGGCCAUGAUAAAGAUGUACAGAAAAAGAUUUAUUACUUUGAAAGAAUUGAUGAAAUGAUUGGAACUGUCGUCCAGACGCUUGAACAAAGAAAAGAUGAAUCUUAUACAGUGAUCGUCACUGGUGAUCAUACAACACCAGUGCUCUAUGGCGAUCACAGCUGUGAACCAGUUCCAUUCUGUAUUACCAAUCUACCAUUCCAUCAAAAAGGAGAUGAUACAAAACAAUUUGAUGAAAUGUCUGUUUCUCAAGGAAGCCUAGGCCGAUUUUGUGGUGAUCAGGUAAUGCCUAUCGCAAAGCACUUUAUGAAGAAAUAA